CUGGCGGGAGGCGGAGGCGCCCAGGUCCAACCGCUGAAGCGUUUCCAUGUGACAGUGAGUGGGGUCCUAACUCCGGGCGCCGCCUGACUCUGGUUCUUAACCCAAAGCAGUGUCCACUGUCCCGGCGCCAGCAGACACCAGCAGGCUAGGGCACUUGGUGUUGGGCCGUGCCGCCGGAAGAAUUGCCGCCGCCGGGUCAGGUGCCUGAGAGACUCCCGCGGAGACCCCAGAGUCUCCGGAGAGAGGGGGAGCGGCGAGGCGAGCGGGGAUUUCUGUCAGCGCCGGUGUCCGAGAGCGCGGAGACAUGAACGGCUUCACGCCUGAGGAGAUGAGCCGCGGCGGGGACGCGGCAGCCGCUGUGGCCGCCGUGGUCGCUGCCGCCGCCGCCGCCGCCGCCGCUUCGGCAGGGAACGGGGCAGGGGCCGGCGCCGGGGCGGAGGUGCCCGGCGCUGGGGCCGUGUCGGCGGCUGGGCCCCCGGGAGCGGCCGGGCCCGGGCCCGGACAGCUGUGCUGUCUGCGGGAGGACGGUGAGCGGUGCGGCCGUGCGGCAGGCAACGCCAGCUUCAGCAAGAGGAUCCAGAAGAGCAUCUCCCAGAAGAAGGUGAAGAUCGAGCUGGAUAAGAGCGCAAGGCAUCUUUACAUUUGUGAUUAUCAUAAAAACUUAAUUCAGAGUGUCCGAAACAGAAGAAAGAGGAAAGGGAGUGAUGAUGAUGGAGGAGAUUCACCUGUUCAAGAUAUUGAUACUCCAGAGGUUGAUUUAUAUCAGUUACAAGUAAAUACACUUCGGAGAUACAAAAGACACUUCAAAUUAUCAACCAGACCAGGACUUAAUAAAGCACAACUUGUUGAGAUAGUUGGUUGCCACUUUAGGUCUAUUCCAGUGAAUGAAAAAGACACCUUAACAUAUUUCAUCUACUCAGUGAAGAAUGACAAGAACAAAUCAGAUCUCAAGGUUGAUAGUGGUGUUCACUAAGAGAGAUGGAAUUGAGACUAAGACUUGGAUGUUCAGAUGUUAAGACUAUUUGCUGUUUUUUCACAUGUAGAAAUGUUCCUUGUGUAUUUUUUUUACAGAGGAUUUUCUCUGGUUUUAUUUUCUUUGUUUCCGACUCUAAUAACUAGUUGGAAACUCAUGUAAAAUGGGCUUUCCUAGAUUAAGAAAUAUUUUAAAUAAAGGUGAUUACUAUUAUA